GUACUGUGACGUCACGAUGUGGAAAAGUGUGUGAAGAAAAUGUCAGUUUCCAGAGAGUUGAAGACAUUCGAAGGUUCUGUUGAAGAGGCAAUUUUAAAGACAGCAUUGACGGAUCUUGUAACCUAUGACUUUGCAAAUCUUGUCAUAGAGGCAUGUAACGCAUUGAAACCGGUCUCCUUUGUAAAUGCGGAUGUACUUAUACAGUCAGUGUAUUUGGAAGAAUCCAAAGAAAAGAUUUAUGGUGCGGAUAGUUUAGAGGACCUGAAACCAGACAGCACCAAUGUUGAAUACACCUUUGUUGCAUACGACCAACUAUUUAAUACAGGGAUGGUGAAAGAACUAAUCGAUCAUGGGAUAGGCGUACUUCGUGAAGAGUGGAAACCAGCUGUUUUAGCAAUAUUGAAAUUUCUUCGCGAUAGAAAGUAUCACCAGGAAGCUCUGUCUACAAUGAAAGGAGUAGGAGAUGAGGCAAAAAUGACAGCUGUAAUGGUGCAACAUCUGUUCUCUCACUUGACAGCAGGCAAUGAUUAUGUGAUUGACAACAGAUCAAAAAACCUCCAAAAAUAUUGCCCUUGUGAAAUGGAAAAUUGCAAAGCAUUGAUAAAGAAUGGAUGUACAGCAUUAGGUUCUCUUCAGACUUGGCAUGGUUAUGCAGAUAUUAUUUUGAAUCAGAACAUAGCAGUUUCACUCAUAGAAUGUCCAUCAAAAGAGAAAAACCUGUGCAUUGAGACUGAUGACAAGUUUGAGGAGGAAAACCUAUCAGAUCCCAUUCAAAUAGAUAAAGAUGAGGAGGCAGGCCCAUCGAGUCCAAAGAGAAUUUGUAAGGAUGAUAAUGACAAUGAAGAAAAAGAAACCCAAUCACAGCAGAUGAUUGAUCAGGUUAUUGCACAAACAAUCACUAAUGCCUUCUCCCAAGUCAAUAAGACCCCAGCUUUAUCUGGGUGGCUUAUACCAACUUUUGGUUGUGCUCUUGAUCAUGUGAUAGCACUAUUAUAUGACCCCAAAAAUGAUGUGCUGCUUCAAUGUGUUGAUAAAAUCCCAAUAUGGGGAUUUAAUGGUCUCUAUUUACCAUCCAUUGUCCAAAUCUGGAUGUUUUUGAACUUCACAGUUUUUACGUUUAAAGAUCUUGCAGAUGACUAUGAGCUGAAAAGAUCUAACUUUCAUGUGCUUGCUAAAUAUAGAUUGGAGGACUACCGACAAAUGAAAUCUGGAGAAGCAUUUUACCCUACUUAUGACUGUGAUUAUUAUAGUGAUGUCUUGAUACGGAUGAGAAAGAAAGGGAAGAAAGCUCAUAAAAAGCUUGCAGAACAUUGAAAUUUGAGAUCAACAUUUGUCAUUUGUGGAGCUUUUCUAAGUAAUAUGUUCAUUUUAUGAGUAUUUUUUCUACAUGAGAAAGGCACUAUAGUAUAUUGAGUCAUAUCAGUCACAUCUUUUGUAAUGCUAGAAUGCAUUAAGAUAAAAGAAGAAUGAUAAAUUGCAAAAAAAUUAGUUACUUUGUUCUAUUUUUGAUAAACAUCUUCACAUUGUAAGAGAACUGACUGACAACGUUUUGAUGACCCUAUACCUUAUAACAUCAAAAAUUUGUUUUUGCCUAAAACAACUAUAAGUACAUUUUGGUGUUUAAGAUGUAAAAACUGUUAAGGUUUGUUAAUCCUUCAAGUGAAUGCUUAAAUAGAGAGGUCAUAAAAUUUGGAAUAUAGGUUCCACAGUGGCACACUGUUGACACAUGCACGUGUAUGGCUAAAAUAUACAAGAACAGAAAAGAUUUGAUGGUAUCUAAAGAAUUUACUUAUAAUGCUUGUAAAAUAAAAAGCUAUAAAAUUCAGAAAUGGCUACUGUGACCUAUUUUUUUUUGUAAAACCCUGAUUCUCCAAGAUGCCUUGCUUGAAAAAAUUGUUGAUUUUAGACCCCAAGUUUUCUCUAGAAAUUUAUCUAAAACAAUUUCUAAAAACCCACAAAAGGCUUAUGGGAAAUUAUUGCUCCCCAGAACAAUUCUUGAGUUUUCAGCUCUUGUAAGCUAAAAAGGUGACAGUGACCUAUUUAUGGGUUAGUUUAUAUCAGAUGCACCAACUGACAAAAUUUGAUGAUUACCCUUUAUAACAUGCUCAAAGUGGACAAAUAUUUUCUUAUAUCCAAA